AUGGAGAACCGAGUAAUUAAACCAACAUUCAAUGCUUCAGUACCAAAUCGACCAACUUUUGGGCUGCCAGUGUUUAAGAAAAAUAAAGAAGAUGAGUAUCGAGGGUCUACUAGCUCAAUUGCAGAGGUAUAUGGAGACACCAAUUAUAAUGCAUUUUUAAAAGAUGACUCACGAAAGCGUCAUACAUAUGAUGUUGUUCCGAAAGAUAUCCAAGAAUUUGCAGAUGAGAGAAAGCAAUCCUUAAAAAAGGAUGAAAAUUCCUCAGUUGAAAUAACAGCAAAAACCGAUCUUGGAAAUCCAAGUUCUAAUUACUUUGAGACUCAUGCAAGCACAAUUCCUUCAUUAUUUACAUUCAAAGCUGAAAAAGUAAAUGCUGAAAAUAAAAAAAUUGAAAGUGUGAAAUUUCUGAAGAGUUAUAAGGAAAGUCCAGAAACUGAGCCAAUUUUAGAUAUAAAUUACGAAAAAAUAACCUUAAAAGAAAGCGAAGAAAAUGAAAAUCCCAUAGAGGAUAAAGAUAAGAGGAUAGAUUUAAUGAGUAACCUUAAACAAGAAACAAUUCUAAUUGAGAAUGAUGAAAAGCCUAUUGAUACAAAAACCACUGAAGAAUAUCAGAGUGAAAUUCAAGAUCAAGCCAAAGUUAAUGAUAAUAUUGAAAAAGAAAUUGAGUCAGCUGCAAAAAAUGAGAAAGAUCAAUUUGAAGCAAUAGAGUCACAAAUUUCAGCCCAAAAUAAUAUCGAGCAAGAAGUUGAGUUAAUUAUAACAGAAGAUAAUGAGCAAGUAGAAGCCACAGAAACUGAAUUUUUUAAUCAAUAUAACUCUGAAGAGAAUGCCAUCAUCCGCCCCAUCUUAAUUGCUAAUGAAGAACAAAAAUCAGAAAACGUGAAUUUUAACGCUAUAGAGCAGCAUGAUCCAGAGCUCUCUAAAGAACCAGAAAUAAAAGAAGAUAUUCAGCAGCAGUCACUUAAUUUCCAAAUAGAAUCUUCCAACAUAUUUGAAGCCAAGCCUCCUAUCCCUGCAAAAUCUUCAUCAUUUCAAGUAAUCUCACAAGUUCUAGAUAUCAAUAUUGAUAAGCAGCCUCGUCGUACUAAAGACCCCGACUGCGUUAAUUCUUUUUCACUCUCCAUUCCUGGAAGAAAUCAAGUCCAAUCCUCAUCAAGCUCUCUUUAUUUUCCUCUUCCUGACCAAUCCUCCCCAAUUGGUGCUAAAUUAUCAUCAUUAAGCCGUCAAUUAUCAAUUGAUGACUCUCAUGCUGAGGAAGAAAUUGACGUCCUCUGUGUAAACUGCUACGAGUGUAUCCCUUCAAGCAAAGUAGACGAGCACUCCAAAACCUGCACAAUCCCUCAAGAAGAGCCUGAGUCAGAAUCUUCACAAAUCAAUUUAAGAAUACAAAAGCUCAAAAAAUCAAUUUCUGGGAAAAUCGAAGGGUCAUAUGGAGACAAGGUCCUAAUUUUGAUGCAGCUGCAAGAAUUGGCCUGUGCAGCUUAUGACUCUUCUGUUUCUUCUUAUGAUAUUUUAAGCAGACUUGACUCAAUUGUGAAAUCAUCAAGUUCAAUGCCAGAUGGAAUUUCCUGUGUCAUUUUUGCACGGCGGUUAUCAAAUCUUAUAGACCUUAAAGGCCAUUUUUCUCCAAAACAAUACACAAUGAAUGAAGAAGAAAUGCUGAAAUUCUAUGAAGAAGAAGCAGAAAGACAGAAAAAAGAACUGGAAAGGUGAAAACUGAGGUCAGAAUUGCUGCUUCAGUUUGCAGGAAAUGCGUGCCCAGAAGGCUUUAAUGAGGUUAACAGUGAUUUAAGCUCAGAGUAUGAUAACAUAAGUGUUAUAUCCUAUUCAACUGGGUACUCAGACUUCCCAUCUGAUAUCGGAAGAAUAGAAGAAGCUGAACAAGCUCUCCAAGCAAUUUCUGAAGAGCAGCUCGAAAAAUAUUUCUAUACAAUUUGCAUUAAAAAAAAAUUCGAGCUCCCAAAAAACCACCCUGGGCACGAAUUAGAAAUUGCAAAGCUCUAUGAGACUUGCAGGGAAGAUAAUAUCCCUGUGUCGAAAUGGGAAGAAUAUGUGAUAAAAUGCUUUUCUUAA